AUGGCAUCUGACGAGGAAGAACGAUUGACAACCGAGAUCGAGCUACUCGAGUCGAUGUACCCGGAGUACAUUGAAUACAGCAGGAAAGGCCGUGAACUCAGCUAUACCGUCGACAGGGCAGGACUCAAAUUACGUGUGCCGUACGACUAUUUACAGAGUGGACUGCCAGACGUCGUCUCCGCGAGCAUUGGCAAGCAGGACGUGCGAGAUCAGAUAAAGAAAAUUGUCUCGGAAUGCAGUACUGGCGAAGAGGUCCUCGACUCCAUCAUCGCGAGCUUCAAUGAUCUGGUAGAAUCUGCUGCCGACGAUUUUCAUGCAGCGCAAGCUCCAAGCACUGCCAACACCGACACAACAAACGAUGCCAAAGCUACUAUCAUAGUCUGGCUCCAUCAUCUACUCAACUCCAACAAGCGCAAGCAAUGUCUGGCUCCUCCCAAUGGAGUCUCCGGUGUCACAAAGCCUGGAUACCCCGGUGUACUGAUCUACUCCGGCCCUCUCAAAGCUGUGCAUGACCAAGUCAACGAUUUGAAGCAGCUAAAUUGGGCAGCUUUUCAAAUCCGGCUGGAGAGCGAGGAAGAGUGGCACUUUCAGCAUGGCGCUGGAGUGGUUGAGGUUGAGGCCAUGAAGGAUCUUGUGGCGGAGGUCGGCGAGGCUAAGAAGGAGGUGUUCUUGGAAGCCAUGAGGAUGAAGUGA